AUGUCGCUAGCUGGACCUUUAAAUGAUUUAUGGUGUUUCCAAUCUCAAGGAUUUUUAUGAGACCAAAUUGUAUCUACUGGAGACGUCCCUUCCCCUAGAAUGAGAUUUGGGUCAACAUCAUUUUAUGAUGAAAAUAAUGUCCUGCAGUUUGCUGUAAUAGGAGGAGUAACUUUGUCUGGGGUGGAUAAUUACCUUUAUAUGUAA